AUGGCCCGCAGCUCGAUGCUGCGCCGAAGCUAUGCCAUGGCAGCAGAAGAGUCGAACAAGGGAGUAGACCCCAACGACUCGUUCCUGCAAGGGAACACAGCCAACUACAUCGACGAGAUGUACAUGGCUUGGAAACGAGACCCGUCCUCCGUCCACAUCUCGUGGCAGGCCUACUUCCACAAUAUGGAGGAAGGCACCAUGCCGGUCUCUCGCGCGUUCCAACCUCCUCCCGGCCUUAUAUCGCAGGCUGAGGGUGCGGCCAGCCUGGCUCCGAGCGCAGUAACGAGCGAAGCCAGUGGGGAUGUCACAAAUCACUUGAAGGUCCAAUUGCUCGUGCGAGCAUACCAGUCAACCGGUCAUCACAAAGCUAAGACGGACCCUCUUGGUAUUCGUGGCGAGGCAGAAGCAUUUGGCUACCGCAGACCAAAAGAGUUGGAGUUGGAUCACUAUGGCUUUACCGAGACGGACCUUGAUCAAGAAUUCACCCUUGGGCCGGGUAUCUUGCCUAGAUUCGCCACCGAGUCACGCAAGAAGAUGAAACUGCGCGAUAUUAUCGCCGCAUGUGAGAAAAUCUACUGCGGCUCGUACGGCGUUGAGUACAUCCACAUCCCCGACCGAGAGCAAUGCGACUGGAUCAGGAACAGAAUCGAGGUCCCCACGCCAUACAAGUACUCUGUCGAUGAAAAACGCCGCAUUCUCGACAGACUGAUCUGGAGUUCCAGCUUCGAGUCCUUCUUGGCCACCAAGUAUCCCAAUGACAAGCGUUUCGGUCUGGAAGGAUGCGAAACUCUCGUGCCAGGCAUGAAAGCCAUGAUCGACAGGAGCGUCGACUAUGGCAUCAAAGAUAUCGUCAUUGGCAUGCCACACAGAGGAAGACUGAACGUCCUGAGCAAUGUUGUUCGAAAGCCGAACGAAUCCAUCUUCAGCGAGUUCUCCGGGACAACCGAGGCCAGCGAUGAAGGCUCGGGCGACGUGAAAUACCACCUGGGCAUGAACUUUGAACGACCAACGCCAUCGGGAAAGCGUGUCCAGCUCUCCCUUGUCGCCAAUCCGUCCCACUUGGAAGCUGAGGACCCUGUUGUGCUCGGAAAGACUCGCGCCAUACAACACUACAACAACGACGAGAAGCAACACCUGACUGCCAUGGGUGUACUGCUUCACGGCGAUGCUGCUUUUGCGGCACAGGGCGUCGUCUACGAAACUCUCGGCUUCCACGCUCUCCCCGCUUACUCGACUGGCGGUACUAUCCACAUCAUUGUAAACAACCAGAUCGGGUUCACUACGGAUCCUAGAUUUGCUCGAUCGACACCUUACUGCUCGGACAUUGCCAAGGCAAUUGACGCUCCGGUGUUCCACGUCAACGGUGAUGACGUCGAAGCCGUCAACUUCGUGUGCCAGAUGGCUGCCGAUUGGAGAGCCGAUUUCAAGAAGGACUGUGUCAUCGAUAUCGUGUGCUACCGCAAACAGGGUCACAAUGAAACCGAUCAGCCCUCUUUCACGCAGCCACUCAUGUACAAACGAAUCGAGUCGAUCAAACCGCAACUCGACAAGUACGUCGACAAGCUGCUGGAAGAAAACACCUUCACCAAAGACGACAUCGACGAACACAAGAAAUGGGUAUGGGGCAUGCUCAACGACAGUUUCGACCGGAGCAAAGAGUAUCAACCCACAGGCAAGGAGUGGCUCACUUCGGCCUGGAACGGCUUCAAAUCACCCAAAGAGCUCGCCACCGAGGUUCUUCCUCAUCCGCCAACCGGCGUCCCUUCAGAUAUGCUGAAGGAGAUCGGCAAGAAGAUCGGCGAGGCCCCAGAAGGUUUCACUGUGCAUCGCAACCUCAAGCGUAUUCUUGCUGGCCGCCAGAAGGCGGUUUCCGAUGGUAAAGGCAUUGACUGGGCGACGGCCGAGGCUCUUGCUUUCGGUACCCUUUGCCUCGAGGGCCACCAUGUACGUGUUUCCGGUCAAGAUGUCGAACGUGGCACAUUUUCGCAGCGACAUGCCGUCCUGCAUGACCAGGAGACCGAAGGCACGUGGACGCCACUCAGCAAUUUGUCCCAGGAGCAAGGAGCCUUCACCAUCUCCAAUUCGUCCUUGAGUGAGUUCGGUGUUCUCGGCUUUGAAUACGGUUACUCACUCUCGUCGCCCAAUGCGCUCGUCAUGUGGGAGGCUCAAUUUGGAGAUUUUGCCAACAACGCCCAAUGUAUCAUCGAUCAGUUUAUCGCUUCAGGAGAGGUCAAGUGGUUGCAGAGAUCCGGCUUGGUUUGCUCUUUGCCUCAUGGUUACGAUGGACAGGGACCCGAGCAUAGCAGUGGCCGCAUGGAACGAUAUUUGCAACUUUGCAACGAGGAGCCACGUGUGUUCCCGUCGCAAGACAAGCUCGACCGACAGCAUCAGGACUGCAACAUGCAAGUCGCGUAUAUGACAACGCCUUCCAACUAUUUCCAUAUUCUCCGGCGACAGAUGAACCGACAAUUCAGAAAACCAUUGAUUGUGUUCUUCUCAAAGUCCCUUCUCCGACAUCCUCUUGCACGCUCCAACCUUGAGGACUUCGAGGGCGACUCUCACUUCCAAUGGAUCAUCCCAGACCCAGAACACGGCAAGGCAAUAGCUGAGCCCGAUGAGAUUGACCGGGUCGUCAUCUGCACGGGUCAAGUUUACGCGGCUCUGCACAAGCACCGUGGCGACAAGGGGUUCAAGAACACUGCCAUCACGCGUAUCGAGCAGCUCAACCCCUUCCCAUGGGCCCAGCUCAAGGAAAACCUCGACACGUACAAGAACGCCAAGACGAUCGUGUGGUGUCAGGAGGAACCUCUCAACGCCGGCGCAUGGAGUUUCGUCCAGCCGCGUAUCGAGACUUUGUUGAAUCAGACGGAGCACCACAACAGACGGCACGUCAUGUAUGCUGGCAGAGAUCCUAGUGCGUCGGUGGCCACGGGCACAAAGGCCAACCACGUCAAGGAGGAGCAAGCAUUACUUGAGGAAGCGUUCAAGGUGACGCAGGAUAAGUUGAAGGGCGAAUGA